AUGCCCAAGUCCAAGCGCGCCAAGGUCUACCACCUCACGCAAGUCUCCAAGAAGACGCGCGAGCAAAAGGACAAGCUCUUCCAGAAUAUCCGCGAUGCCGUCCCCGAGUACCAGCACUGCUUCGUCUUCAGCGUCGACAACAUGCGCAACAACUACCUCAAGGACGUCCGCCGCGACCUCGCCGACAGCCGCCUCUUCUUCGGCAAGACCAAGCUCAUGAGCAAGGCCCUCGGCCAGUCCCCCGCCGAGGCCGUCGCCCCGGGCAUCGAGGACCUGACCCAGUACCUCGCCGGCACCGUCGGCCUGCUGCUCACCAACCGCCCCGCCCAGGCCGUCCUCGAGUACUUUGAGGGCCUGACAAAGGUCGACUUUGCCCGCGCCGGCGUCACCGCCAACAGGUCCUUCACCAUCCCCCCCGGCGUCGUCUACGCCACCGCCGGCGAGGUCCCCGCCGAGCACGACGUCGCCCUCGAGCACUCCAUCGAGCCCGAGCUGCGGCGGUUAGGCGUCCCCACCCGCAUGGUCAAGGGCAAGGUCGUCCUCGGCGACGAGAGCGGCGCCGGCGAGGGCUACGUCGUCUGCAAGGAGGGCGACGUCCUGGACUCGCGCCAGACGAGGCUGCUGAAGCUCUUCAGCGUCUGCCUCAGCGAGUUCCGCGUCAAGAUUGUUGCGUACUGGAGUUCGGCGACCGGCGAGGUUACAGAGGUAGAUCCCGCCGCCAUGGACGGUGUCGAGGAGGAAUGA